UUUCUUCCUGUCUGGUCUUUGCAGAUUAAUGUCACACGCAAAGCAGUAACUGUUUCCUUUCAGAAACAUAGACAAGAGUGAAUGCAUACUCAGAGUGUUGAGACCGAUGGAAAAUAGAGCCUAAGCAUUCUUCAGCGACUGGUUUCUUUGUUGAGAGAGAUUCAUGAUAAUGACCCAUAACUUCCAUUUUCAGGGCCCCCCGUUUAAAAAGACUCGACCUUUAUCACACACUAUGUGUUUUCUGGUUGCAAGAAAGAGACUUUAAAAUGGGGUUCUUCUUCAGAUGAUGGACUUUGUUUCUGCUUCAGAUUUGGGUUCUUGAGAGAAAGUAACUGUCAACAGGAUCUCAUUGUUUGAUACGGCCAACGUUAUAAUGGAGGUUCACAGAAGACGUUUCAAGGGAAGCUUUCUUAGCUUCUUUGACUGGAAUGCUAAAUAUCAAAAGAAGCACCUUUCUCACGAUCCUAAGUUGCCUGAAAUUUCAAAGCAAGGAAAGGAAAACGUGGACAAUUUGCCAAAGUCAGAGGUCAAUGAGAUGAAAAUGAAUGACAAUGGAGCAAAUCCUGCAAGUUCUGAUUUUGAUUGUGCCAUAUCAAUUAGUAGUGAUGAAGGGUGUCAGACUAAAGCCCCAGGGUUACUAGCCAGACUCAUGGGUUUGGAUUCACUGCCAGUUUCAAAUGUCUCUGAGCUAUCUUCAUUAUCCACUUCCUUAUAUGGCUCCAACUCUCUUGAAUCUUCUCGUACUCCUGAUGAGGAUGUUCUUCUCUCAACGGUUGACCAUUGUUGUAAUGUUGAUUCGAUAAACAUGGGACUUAAGUCGGUGAAGUCUUCUUGGAGUGUCAUGGAAUCAAAAGAGAGAAAUCCAGCCAUGAAAAGAUUUCAGACUGAAAUGCUGCCUCCAAGGUCUGCCAAAACCAUUCCAGUUACUCACGACAAACUUUUGUCUCAACCUAAGCAUGCAGCUCAAAUUAUGGAGGCAGCUGCCAAAAUAAUUGAGGUAAGUCCCCAGCCAUGUAAGAGGAACAGAAUGUCUUCAACUGGACCUUCAUCUGUACCCUUAAGAAUUCUUGAACUCAAAGAGAAAUUGGAAGCUUCCCAACAUGAAUCCAAGUUCACAGGUAAGCACACUGCUAACCCUCUGAAUGGCAAGCCUAGUGAGAGGAGAAAUAGUUUAUGUAAAUCUACUCCAAGUUCAACAGGUUCAAGAGAUUCAGAAAAAAACAGUUCUUGCCGGUUGCCAAGCAAAAGAAAAUCUGCUUCACUUGCAAUUCCAUCUAGAACCAAUGUUCAGAACUGUGAUGAAUUGACUUUGAAUGGUAAUAGGGGAUGUGUGAAGCAGAAGGAACAUAAUGAUAUCAAAUCAAACCAGUUGUCUCGGAGCCAGAAGAAACGAAGUACAGACCGAGCCAGAGUCAUUCAGCAGAAAGCUUGUAAUGGCCAGAAUAGUAAUGUGCUUGGGAAGAAUAACCAAAAACUGUGUAGUGAAACCACCAAAAGUAACCCGACUUCCAAGGCAUACUCGCAUAAACCAACACAAAAUUGGUCUUCAGAAAGUUCUACUAGAGCAAAGAAGACCACAAAAAGGGGUGUUGUAAAAGCCAACACUGAGCCCAAAGGGUCAGACACAAGGGUAAUAGGUGCUACCAAACCAGUUUCCAAAAGAAAGAGCAUUUCCCAAAAGAAAAACUAUAUGAAUAGGGAUGUUCACAAUGAGGCAAGAGGCACUGAUACUGCGGCUAAUAAUUAUGAAAACAAGUCUAUAAAAUGCAAUAUUACAACUGACGGAAGUAUUAACCAGGAUGCAUUUAGUAUGAAAGGAAGCAAUGGUGUGAUUUCAUUUAUAUUUACAUCUCCUUUGAGAAGAAAAAGUCCUGAGUUACAGUCCUCCAUUGAGAAAAUGGUGGAAACAAGGAACAAAACUGAUGUCAAUUCUUGUAGCAAUAAUGAUAUGCUCAAUCCCAGAAAAUCAUCAUUAUCUCCUCCCAGGUUACAUGUUAUAGAUGGUGAGGCUUUAAGUGUCCUUUUGGAGAGAAAGCUGCAAGAAUUGACAUCUAGAAUUAACCCAACUCAAUGCUCUGUGAUGAAAGAAUGGUCUUCUGCUGGUUUGGAAGACAGAAGUUUUCACCCCAACCUGGUUAGUAAUAAAUUGGACAGCAGGCAUGACAAUUGUUUGUCAAGUGAUAGCAUGGUGCUUAGUAUGAAUCAGCAACCACAGACAUCAGAAUCAAUAGAAGGGCCUAGCUGCAGCAGCAACAGCGAAAGCAGAAAUGAAAGUUACUUAGAUAGUGCAUAUGGCAGCACAGUUUAUUCUUCCAUGCAAGAUGAAGAGGUAUCUGAUUUUUCUCCAAUGAAUGAAUCUCUGAGGUCUGAGCAAAGCUCUUGCAUAAUGAUGGGAGAUGACAUGAUUGCCAUUGAACAAUCAAGUAUAAUGUCAAAUUCAGUCGAGUUUACAAGAUUAUCUAGGAACGUGGAAUUUGAAUACGUAAAGGAUAUACUCAACAGUGCAGAGCUGGUGACAGAAAAAUUUCUGAUGGGUGAGACAGAUAAGAUCAUAAUGCCAAAUCUCUUUGAUCUGUUGGAGACUAAGAGCACUGUGGCAGAAAGCUAUGAAGAGUACUAUAAGAUCGAGAGAAAGGUUAUAUUUGACACAGUGAGUGAAUGCUUAGAGUUAAGAUGUAGAAAAGUUUUUGUUGGAAGCUGCAAAGCAAUGCCUAAAUGGAUGGCUUCAGUUCAGAAGAAGAGCUCUUUAGCUGAAGAUUUGUACAAGGAAAUGUUGAACCUUAGGAGCAUGGAAGAAUCAGUGGUGGAGGAACUAGUCUACAAGGACAUGAGUACUCCAUGGGGUAGAUGGCUUGAGUUUGACACUGAAGCAUUUGAAGAGGGUUUAGAACUUGAAUUUGAUGUUUUCACAUGUUUGAUUAACGAAUUGGUUUCUGAUUUGUUGCAGUUUUAAUUCCUCAGCGACAUUUUUCACAAUAUAUGUAUACGUAAUCACAUGGUAGGCUUUGUAAUAGUUUUAUAUUAUUGUAAACAACCAUACCAUCAAAGUUUCCUUGUAGGAUCUUUCAUUGGAUACUCAUUAUUUUUAUGCUUAUUGACUGGUAGAAUUU